GGCGGACACGUGGGGCGCUCUACGGUGGCCGAAAGAAUACAGCGGAUGUGUUAGCAACCGGUCAAAAAGUAGCCCCGGCUGGGCGAGGAGCAUUGUAUUUCUAAUCUAGCUUCACGGAGUCUCGAGGAGGGAGCCUCGGCAGCCGUCACCAUGGUGAAGGAGCAGUUCAGAGAGACGGAUGUGGCCAAGAAAAUAAGCCACAUCUGUUUUGGAAUGAAGUCAGCUGAGGAGAUGCGCCAGCAGGCGCACAUCCAGGUUGUGAGUAAGAACCUAUACAGCCAGGACAAUAACCACUCCCCCCUGCUGUACGGGGUGCUUGACCACAGGAUGGGUACGAGUGAGAAGGAUCGUCCUUGUGAAACCUGUGGGAAGAACUUGGCUGACUGUCUGGGCCACUAUGGGUACAUUGACCUGGAACUGCCAUGCUUUCACGUGGGGUACUUCCGUGCAGUUAUAGGCAUCUUACAGAUGAUCUGUAAAACCUGCUGCCACAUCAUGCUGUCCCAGGAGGAGAGGAAGCAGUUUCUGGAUUAUCUAAAGAGGCCUGGCCUGACCUACCUCCAGAAGCGGGGGCUAAAGAAGAAAAUCUCUGAUAAGUGCCGGAAGAAGAACACUUGCCAUCACUGUGGCGCCUUCAACGGUACUGUAAAGAAGUGUGGAUUACUAAAGAUCAUCCACGAGAAAUACAAGACCAACAAGAAAGUGGUGGAUCCCAUUGUGUCAAAUUUCCUUCAGUCCUUCGAAACCGCCAUCGAGCAUAACAAAGAAGUAGAGCCUCUGCUGGGAAGGGCGCAGGAAAACUUGAAUCCCUUAGUAGUUCUGAAUUUAUUUAAAAGAAUCCCAGCUGAAGAUAUCCCUCUACUCCUGAUGAAUCCAGAAGCUGGAAAGCCCUCUGAUUUGAUUCUCACGCGACUUUUAGUGCCCCCUUUGUGUAUCAGACCCUCUGUCGUGAGUGAUUUGAAGUCUGGCACCAAUGAGGAUGAUCUUACGAUGAAAUUGACCGAAAUCAUUUUUCUAAACGAUGUCAUCAAAAAGCAUCGGAUAUCAGGAGCUAAGACCCAGAUGAUCAUGGAAGACUGGGAUUUCCUGCAGCUGCAGUGUGCCCUCUACAUUAACAGCGAGCUCUCAGGCAUUCCCCUCAACAUGGCGCCCAAGAAAUGGACCAGAGGGUUCGUCCAGCGCCUGAAGGGAAAACAGGGUCGAUUUAGAGGCAAUCUCUCAGGAAAGAGAGUGGAUUUUUCUGGCAGAACAGUCAUCUCACCUGACCCCAACCUCCGAAUUGAUGAAGUAGCUGUUCCAGUCCACGUGGCCAAGAUCCUAACUUUUCCUGAGAAGGUGAACAAAGCAAACAUCACCUUUUUGAGGAAACUGGUUCGGAAUGGCCCUGAAGUUCACCCAGGAGCCAAUUUCAUUCAGCAGAGACACACACAGAUGAAAAGGUUUUUGAAAUAUGGAAAUAGAGAAAAGAUGGCUCAGGAGCUCAAAUUCGGGGAUAUUGUGGAGAGACACCUUAUAGAUGGAGAUGUGGUCUUGUUCAACCGACAGCCCUCACUGCACAAAUUGAGCAUUAUGGCACAUCUGGCCAGGGUCAAGCCCCACCGGACCUUCAGAUUUAAUGAGUGUGUCUGUACACCAUACAAUGCGGAUUUUGAUGGUGAUGAAAUGAACCUUCAUCUUCCUCAAACAGAAGAAGCUAAAGCAGAAGCCCUUGUUCUGAUGGGGACUAAAGCAAAUCUUGUAACUCCAAGGAAUGGAGAACCACUAAUUGCUGCUAUUCAAGAUUUUCUGACAGGUGCCUACCUCCUCACUCUUAAGGACACUUUCUUUGACCGAGCCAAGGCUUGUCAAAUCAUUGCUUCAAUAUUGGUGGGCAAAGAUGAGAAAAUCAAAGUUCGCCUGCCACCACCUACAAUACUAAAGCCCGUCACCCUGUGGACAGGAAAGCAGGUGUUCAGCGUCAUCCUCAGACCCAGCUAUGACAAUCCAGUGAGGGCCAACCUCCGAACCAAGGGCAAGCAGUACUGUGGCAAAGGAGAGGAUCUCUGUGUCAACGAUUCCUACGUCACUAUCCAGAACAGCGAAUUGAUGAGUGGCAGCAUGGACAAAGGCACCCUGGGAUCAGGAUCCAAGAACAAUAUUUUUUACAUUUUGCUGCGAGACUGGGGGCAGAAUGAAGCUGCCGAUGCAAUGUCACGGCUUGCCAGGCUGGCUCCUGUCUACCUCUCUAACCGUGGGUUCUCAAUUGGGAUUGGUGAUGUCACACCUGGCCAAGGACUGCUGAAGGCCAAGUACGAGUUGCUGAACGCUGGCUACAGAAAAUGUGAUGAGUACAUUGAGGCCUUGAACACAGGCAAGCUGCAGCAGCAGCCCGGCUGCACUGCGGAGGAAACCCUGGAGGCUUUGAUCCUGAAGGAGCUGUCUGUGAUCCGUGACCAUGCUGGCAGCGCCUGCCUCCGGGAGCUGGACAAGAGCAACAGCCCCCUCACCAUGGCUCUGUGCGGCUCCAAAGGUUCCUUCAUUAACAUAUCACAGAUGAUUGCCUGUGUGGGACAGCAAGCCAUCAGCGGCUCCCGAGUGCCAGAUGGCUUUGAAAACAGGUCCUUGCCUCACUUUGAAAAACACUCAAAGCUGCCAGCUGCCAAAGGCUUUGUGGCUAAUAGCUUUUACUCCGGUUUGACACCAACCGAGUUUUUCUUCCACACGAUGGCUGGCCGGGAAGGUCUGGUCGACACAGCCGUGAAGACAGCUGAAACAGGAUACAUGCAGAGAAGGCUCGUAAAGUCCCUUGAAGAUCUUUGCUCCCAGUAUGAUUUGACAGUCCGAAGCUCCACAGGAGAUAUCAUCCAGUUCAUUUACGGGGGAGAUGGCUUAGAUCCUGCAGCCAUGGAGGGAAAAGAUGAACCCCUGGAGUUUAAAAGGGUUCUGGACAACAUCAAAGCAGUCUUCCCGUGCCAGAGCGAGCCUGCCCUCAGUAAAAACGAGCUACUCCUGACCACGGAGUCCAUCAUGAAGAAGAACGAGUUUCUCUGCUGCCAGGACAGCUUCCUGCAGACCUUAACUGAAACAGGCUAUGAGAAAUAUAAUGAGGAAAUAAAAAAAUUCAUUAAGGGGGUUUCUGAGAAGAUCAAGAAAACCAGGGAUAAAUAUGGCAUCAAUGAUAACGGCACGACAGAGCCCCGUGUACUGUACCAGUUGGACCGGAUCACCCCUACCCAAAUAGAAAAGUUUCUAGAGACGUGUAGGGACAAGUACAUGAGGGCACAGAUGGAGCCGGGUUCUGCGGUGGGUGCACUUUGUGCCCAGAGCAUUGGUGAGCCAGGCACCCAGAUGACCCUGAAGACUUUCCACUUUGCUGGUGUGGCCUCCAUGAACAUCACCCUGGGCGUCCCCCGCAUCAAAGAGAUCAUCAACGCUUCCAAAGCCAUCAGCACGCCAAUCAUCACAGCCCAGCUGGACAAGGAUGACGAUGCAGAUUACGCUCGCCUCGUGAAAGGGAGGAUUGAGAAAACCCUCUUGGGGGAGAUUUCGGAGUAUAUUGAAGAGGUCUUUCUUCCUGAUGAUUGCUUUAUUCUCAUCAAGCUCUCCCUGGAACGGAUCAGACUUCUGAGACUGGAAGUGAACGCCGAGACGGUGAGGUAUUCCAUCUGCAUGUCCAAGCUCCGAGUGAAGCCUGGCGAUGUGGCGGUCCACGGUGAGGCUGUGGUAUGUGUCACCCCCCGAGAGAACAGCAAGAGCUCCAUGUACUACGUUCUGCAGUUUCUGAAGGAGGAUCUCCCCAAGGUGGUGGUGCAGGGCAUCCCAGAGGUGUCCCGAGCUGUCAUCCACAUUGACGAGCAGAGCGGAAAGGAGAAGUACAAGCUCCUGGUGGAGGGUGACAACCUGCGGGCAGUCAUGGCCACCCAUGGGGUGAAGGGCACCCAGACCACCUCCAACAACACCUACGAGGUGGAGAAAACCCUGGGCAUCGAAGCUGCCCGGACGACCAUCAUCAACGAAAUCCAGUACACGAUGGUCAACCACGGCAUGAGCAUUGACCGGCGGCACGUGAUGCUGCUCUCUGACCUUAUGACCUACAAGGGUGAAGUCCUGGGCAUUACUAGAUUUGGCCUGGCCAAGAUGAAGGAGAGCGUGCUGAUGCUGGCCUCCUUUGAGAAGACCGCCGACCACCUCUUUGACGCUGCUUACUUUGGGCAGAAGGACUCCGUGUGUGGGGUGUCUGAAUGCAUCAUCAUGGGGAUCCCCAUGAACAUCGGAACCGGGCUCUUCAAGCUGCUCCACAAGGCCAACAGGGACCCGAGCCCUCCCAGGAGGCCUCUGAUCUUCGACACAGAUGAAUUCCACAUCCCUCUUGUCACAUAGUCCAGGGAAGAGGGGACUUUUCCUGACCUUGGCUCCUUGUCCUGUCUGGGAAAGGGGCUCGAGGCCAGCAGCUGACUCGUGAGCUUUGUGCUCCCCAGGACUGAGGCCCCGCCAUCCCACCAUGCCAGCGGGCAGAGAAGAUGCCACUGUCCCCGGAGACAACUCCCCUAGUGACCCCGACCACAACGGUGGAAAGAACUAGGGUUUGUCUGUUUGUUGAAAUUUUAAUCUAUGGACAGCUCAGCACCUCCUGCCCACUCCACCUCCCUGGACAGGCAAGGAGGCCCCAGCCAGGCGUCUCUGCUCCUUCUAACCUCUCGUCCAUCCGUCUGCUCUCAGAGGUGCUCCACCCUGACCAGGAGCCAGGUCUAGGCCCCAAGACCAGGGCACGAUCUUGGUUCUUCUUUUCCUUGCUCAUGCUGGAAUCUCCCAAUGUGAUAUGCUAAUGUAAAUAUUGUUACUACUAUUUAUUGUUCAGUUCAAAGAAUUUGGAGUUUUUAUUGUUA